GGCGCACAUGCGCAGUGUUUCCCCUCUCCUGCUUCCAGCAGUGUGGUUGCUGUGGUACCGGGCGGAGUGCGGGAGGCGGAGAUCACUCUGGACAGGCACCGGGAGAGCCGCUCAGUGACUCUGGGGACUCCACAGCUUGUGCGGGCAUGAGGGACCGACUGACCGAGCUGUCAGCGGCUAAGGGGGAAGGCGAAGAUGGGGACACAGUGGUUAUUGUGCAAAAAGAACAAUUUAUGGAUGACUUCUUCCUUCAGGUAGAAGAAAUAAGGAACUGCAUUGCUAAAAUAUCUGAAAAUGUAGAAGCGGUGAAAAAGAAGCACAGCACGAUUUUAUCUGCGCCAAACCCAGAAGACAAAACCAAGGAUGACCUUGAAAGCCUUAACAAAGAAAUCAAGAAUAUCGCCAACAAAGUUCGGACAAAAUUAAAGUCUAUUGAGCAAACUAUUGACCAUGAUGAUAAUACAAACAGAUCCUCUGUGAAUUUAAGAAUAAGGAAGACUCAGCAUACAGUAUUGUGCAGAAAAUUUGGGGAGGUUAUGAUAGAAUACAAUGAAACGCAGACUCAGUUUCGGGAGCGCAGUAAAGGACGGAUACAGCGCCAGCUAGAAAUAACUGGAAAAACAACUACAGAUGAAGAACUGGAAGAGAUGCUGGAGACUGGGAACCCAGCAAUUUUCACUUCAGAUAUCAUUUUAGAUUCCCAGAUUACAAGGCAGGCUCUAAAUGAGAUUGAAUCGCGGCACAAGGAUAUCAUGAAGCUGGAAUCUAGUAUACGGGAGCUACAUGACAUGUUUAUGGACAUUGCCAUGUUAGUGGAGACACAGGGUGAAAUGAUAAACAAUAUAGAGAAGAAUGUUGAAAAUGCUGCUGAUUAUAUUGAACAUGCCAAAGAAGAAACAAAGAAGGCAGUAAAAUAUCAGAGUAAAUCACGCAGGAAAAUGAUCUUCAUAAUCAUCUGUGUGCUUAUCCUGGUGGUAAUUCUUGUGAUCAUCCUGGCAACAACACUGACUUAGCAGGCACAGUAAGAGUUGGAAGUCUUACCUCCUCUGAUGUUCAGUUUUGCUCCAGAAAUUCUUAUUGGGGACUUUUCUGAUCUGUCACCGGGGCAGAAUACUUAUUUGUUUACUUUGCAAACAGUAAGCAAUCUUGAAAUCAUUCCAUAUGAAGGAGAGGUAAGUAUAUAUGGACUUUGAAGUUUUAUAAGGUCCUUCAUUUCACUUUGUGGAACAAAAGCAGCAGUGUUUCCUAUGUGAACGCAGAGCAGCUUCUUCUCACCAAAUAUCGAACAAACUUUUUUUUUUUUUUUUUUUAUCUUUGUUCUGUGAGUAAUUUGGCUCCAUCCUUGCAAAAAAUGGUGCCUGCCUUCGCCCUACAGAACUUUUUUUUUUUUUUUUUAUCUUUUAAUUCAUCGUGUGAUCCAUUGAAACUACAUUCAGAUUCUCCUGCAUUCAGUGUUAUUCUUUUGUAAUACAAAUCUUUGCAUAUGUCAUGUUAAGAUGUGUGUUUUAUUGGUACUAGCUGUAAUCCUGUUUAAUAGUUGCAUUUUAGUUGUUGCAGCUUUCACAGCAGUACUUUAACUUGGUAUUUAAUCCCUUUUUAUGUUAUUACUAAAUGGUGGUAAAUUAUAGCAACACUACUUACUUUAUUUAGUCUUGCCUUGGAACACAUUGGUAUGAAAAUUGAUUGGCUUGAAAUAACCUCACGUUGAGCUCACCAAAUCCAUCCAAACCUCAUAUUUUAUUACUGAAUGGAAGCUGGUGGAAGAAUUCACACUGGCUUAUUAUAUUUUCCUGGUUUUCAGAUUGGUGAUUUCCCUCCUUUGAUUUGUUUUGUUCAACAUUUAAAAAACAUAAACUAGGGGAGUUCCCAUAUAAGAAGCCAGUGCAUGAUUUGCUCACAUCUAUGUAACACUUACUGCUUUACUAUUCAAUCAUACAACCUAAUUUUCUGUGUAUGCAUUACAUACAUUUCUGUAGCUUUUCCUACAUAAUGUAUGUUUUAACUGAAUAGCUAUAGUUUGUAAGCUUUCUACCUGUCAAGAAACCAAAGGCCCAAACCUAGCAGCCAUUGCAUUUUAGCCUAUUCCAUUUCUAUAUACGCCUGUCUCCUAUUUCUGCAAUUUUUACUUGUCUCACUGUUGGUAAACCAUUCCACACUCACUGUGUAUCUAUAGUUUUAAGCAGUGAGAUAUUUUAUCUUACAAUACUGUUACUGUAAAUUAGCGAGAGUGCCAUAGUAAUGUAGCCUUGUGUACAAUACAGAGCACUGCUGUCUAUAUGAGCGGUACUCUUGCCGUUUUAUGAACAGGGUAAUGGAAUCUUGCAGGUGUAGGCCACUAGAAUUCCAUGAACAGUCAUGAAUAAUAGGGCUUAUAUUUAUAUCUCUAAUUAAAGGUGAGCUGGGUGGAGUCAUUUCCCAUGACAGCCAGAUCAGAUUCAGGCCUGUCGCUUUUCUGAUAUAGGGUACAAAAUUAAAGCUAGAACAUGACUGGUUGGUCCAUUCUCAUCCCCUUUAAUUUUCAUAUGUCGGGUUCAGUACAUUUUUUUUUUAAAGGGUUCAGUACAUUUUUGUGUGUGUGUUCUUUAAAAAAAAACAUUGGACUACUAUGAAAGCAUUAUAUUAUUUAUCCAGAAAAGUCUUACAUGUGUACAUUUGCGCCAUAGCAGAAUGGUGUUUUUCUGUAGCAAGUAAGAGGCACCAUCUCGUAAAAUGCUGUGUGAAGACUGUGAAAAUGUUUUAUAUAUAAUAAUAUGCUAAGCUGCCAUGACACUUCACUUACCCCAACAUGCCUGACAUGUUUACUGACACAUGGUUUUGUUGUGCUGAAAUGUUCUCCAGUCUUAAAUAGAUUAACGCUAACUUUAUUUAUAGUUUUUUUGUUUUUCUCUAUUUUCAACUUAUUUCAAACCAAAGUUGAAAUGUAGCUUUCUUUCUAAAGCCCCUCCUAAGUGUGUGUAAAUCAACUUUAUUUUGUAUGACGUUUUCUUACUAAAUUGUUCCUAACCAGAUAUAAAUGGAAUUGGACAAUUGGCCCUGUUGUACCAGCAUGAAGUUUUUUUUCUGGUGUUUUUUAGGUUUAUUAAAUAGGUUGCACCUUGCUGAAACUCCAAGCACUGUCUUUUUAAAUAAAUUGCUGAAGGUGCAUUAAA